CAACAGACAGAAGUCGUACAAGAGCUAGAGUACCAGAUCAGCCUCCUCAACAAUGAGAAGCAGAGCCUAGCAGAGCAGAUCAAAAAACUGCAGAGUGAGAUUCAGACACUGAAGAGGACUGUCUCCUCCCCACCUCCGGCCACUCUGGACUUGGGUACCCAGAAUACAUUAAACCCCUCUUCCACUUCUACCGCCACCGCUUGCUCCACUGACCCUCUCUCUGUGCCUCCUACAGAUAAUGGCCAGUAUCUGGAUAUCAGAGGGGUUUCAGAAGCUGGUAAUGACCCCACCUCUACUCAAAACACAUCACAGUCCCACCCACCAUCCCACAACAAGCUUAAGAGUCAGCCACCCGUCCAGUUUGAUCAACCGAACAGGAAAUUAUCUCCGGCCUUCCUGCAAGCCUUGCUGUCCUUCUGCAGAAUGUGUUCCGACAGCCGCCUGGGAGCAGAGGUGUCUCGUAUAGCUGACAGCGAGGAGAGUGUGAUGUUAAUGCUGGGCCGCUGUCUUCCUCACAUCGUCCCCAAUGUGCUUCUUGCUAAACGAGAGAGAAUGGUUGCGCACCUUUGCCAGGAGUUGAUUCCUCUCAUCCUGUGUACCGCCUGCCUACACCCAGAGCCUAAAGAGAGAGACCAGCUCCUUCACAUCCUUUUCAACCUAAUCAAGAGACCGGAUGAUGAGCAGAGACAAAUGAUCUUGACGGGCUGUGUUGCGUUUGCGAGACACGUGGGUCCCACGCGGGUGGAGGCUGAGCUACUUCCUCAGUGCUGGGAACAGAUUAACCACAAAUAUCCAGAGAGGAGGUUGUUGGUGGCAGAGUCCUGUGGAGCCUUAGCACCUUACCUGCCUAAGGAGAUUCGUAGCUCCCUGGUGUUGUCCAUGUUGCAGCAGAUGCUUGCUGAGGACAAGGCUGACAUGGUCAGGGAGGCUGUGGUCAAGAGUCUGGGGAUUAUCAUGGGUUACAUAGAUGACCCUGACAAGUACUCCCAGGGUUUUGAGUUGAUGCUGCUGUCUCUUGGGGACCCAUCAGAGCGGGUGGUCAGUGCAGUCCACCAGGUCUUCAUUCCUGCCUUUGCUGCCUGGACCACAGAGCUGGGCACUCUGCACACUUCACUUAUCCCUUCUCUAUUAGCGCGUAUAGAGAAGCUACUUAAUCAGGGAGAACACGGUCUGGAUGAACACAAGCUCCACGUUUUCCUGUCAGCCCUUCAGUCUCUCAUCCCUCCUCUGUUUGCCGUGGUGCUGCAGAAUGCACCUUUCACCAGCAGAGCCAAACUCCACGGAGACAUACCUGCAAUAGAAGUGACCCGGUUCCCCAGGCCAGCUUCUCCUCUCCAGGAUGUGGCAACUAUCAUCGGCAGCAGGGAGAUGCUAAGUGCUCUACUGCUACUCUAUGACCACCAGCUAGAGCAUGAAGGAACCACUGGCUGGGACAGUCUGCUCUGGGUGGUCAACCAACUCCUGCCUCAGCUCAUAGAGAUUGUGGGUCGCAUUAAUGUGACAUCAUCAACCUGCGUACACGAGUUCUCACGCUUUUUCUGGCGGUUCUGUCGCACAUUUGGAAAGAUUUUCACCAACACUAAGGUUAAACCACAGUUCCAAGAGAUUCUCCGACUGUCUGAAGAAAAUGUUGAUGCUUCAGCAGGGAACGGCAUUCUCACCAAAGCCACAGUCCCCAUCUAUGCCACUGGAGUGCUGACAUGUUAUAACCAGGAGGAGGAUCGCAAGCUGUUGGUGGGUUUCCUGGAGGAUGUUAUGACAACCCUCUCUCUGUCCCAUGCACCUCUCGACAGCCUGAAGGCCUCCUUUGUGGAGCUGGGUGCCAACCCAGUCUACCAUGAACUGCUGCUGACCGUUCUGUGGUACGGGGUGGUCCAUACGUCCGCUCUGGUCCGGUGUACUGCAGCACGGAUGUUUGAGCUGCUGGUGAAGGGGGUGAAUGAGACGCUGGUAGCUCAGAGAGUGGUGCCGGCUCUCAUCACACUGUCCUCCGACCCUGAAAUCUCAGUGAGGAUAUCCACUAUUCCUGCCUUUGGUACCAUCAUGGAGACCGUCACACAAAAAGAGCUGCUGGAGCGUGUUAAGAUGCAGCUGGCAUCAUUCCUGGAAGACCCUCAGUACCAGGAUCAGCACUCUUUGCACAUGGAGAUCAUCAGGACGUUUGGGAGGGUUGGACCGAACGCAGAGCCACGCUUCAGAGACGAGUUCGUGCUGCCACACCUUCACAAGCUCGCGUUGGCUAACAACAGCCAGGCAACGGAGAGCAAGAGGAUUGACAUUGCCACCCAGCUGUUCGAGGCCUACAGCGCCCUCUCCUGCUGCUUCAUUUCCGAGGAGGUGAUGGUCAACCAUUUCCUGCCUGGCCUCAGGUGUCUGCGCGCCGACAUGGAGCAGCUCUCUCCCGAGCACGAGGUUAUUCUAAGUUCCAUGAUCAAAGAGUGUGAAAUCAAGGUGGAAAACAGAGGAAUGUCAGACGCACAAGGCUCGAUGUCCAUUGCAUCCAGUUUGGUGGGUGAGGAUGCCAAGACCAAGUUCCUGAGUAAGAUGGGUCAGCUGACCACCUCUGGCGCUAUGUUGGCCAACGUCUUCCAGAGAAAGAAGUAACCGCAAAACUGACCGAUCGCAAUUAACUGACGAACCCCUGUGGUCUUUGGGAGCAUUUCAUUUUGCUGGAAAAAGCAUCGGGUCGGCUUAAAGUAGGAGAAAGUGUAUAGUUUGAUCAAUUUGAAGGAAUGAGGGUUUGCUGAAAGUUGUGUCGAUUUCAAAUCUUCAGAGCAGCAGGACUACCUGCUACUUAAAGGUGAACAGCAAUGGGGUUUUUUUCGUUUGAUUUUUUACAGUGAAGGCUUCUGAGGUUUUUCCCCUCUGCUCAUUUUUCCUCUCCUUAAUUCUUAAUCAUGACGAAAGCAUUGUCAAGGGAUCUGCUUUUACGAGUCAAUGUAAAACGUUGUAAUUUCAGACAGAGAGGAGAGAGAGAGAGGGGAACAAAACUGAACAGUGUCAUCCAACGCGACGGCAAGGAAUUUGUUACCUGGACAUUUCUGGACUUGAAAGUACCACAAGAAUUUGAUUUUCAGAAGAGCUUCAUUCAUCUUGUAGGAGACGAAAAACUUGCGCUGGAUUUCCUGUAGAAUUUUAACGGGCACCAUUUUGGAUGAAAAGGUUCCACAGCAUUUGCAUUAACUUGCAAAUGAAAUUACACUGAAGGUUUGAACCACAAAAUGGCAGCGCAUCUGUUCGGAAUGCCUUGUACGGCGCGUCUGUACGGCUCAGAAGUAUCGCCUACUUGAAACUAUAAAAAAAUUGUCUUGCCUUUAUUUCUUCAAAGUCUGUCUCUGGUUUUUGUUUUGAUAGCGUCUAUUUUAUAACUUAUUUAUGUCUUAAUGAAGGAAAAGAAACAUACUUUAUUCCAACUUCCAAAGAAAUUUGCACUUCACUUUAAUGUUUUGUUCUUUAUUAUAUAUAUUUUUUUGUUUUAAUUCAGAGUCUUAUACAUAAAGAUUAUCACUACUGUUAAUGAGGACGUGUUUUUUUGUUGUUGUUUAUGUUUUGGCAAUGUGAAGUUGAAGAGAACACUGAUCAUAAUUAUUCCUUCUCUGUCCGUUGCAUCUUGUCUCUCAGUGUUGCAGUGUCUCUGAUAAUUGUACUUAUUUUUUUUUUCUAAAGUGGGUAUUUGGUUAUAUUUUUUCGUUGUUGUUCUUUUUGGAUAUGCUCUAAGAGAAACAGUAAAUAACUGUAUCAUACACUGAACUGAAGGGGAUGGUACUCAUUAUGUAUAUUUGAAAUUCGUGUCCUGGUGUAAUAAAAGAUGGAGGUCAGUUGUGUACUUGAA